CGGGCGCAGCAGCCGUGUGCGGAAGAGAUGGACGUCUAUGGUGCGGGGAAUGACGGGGGUGUGUGCCACGUGGACAGAAUUGCAGGCCGCGUAGCGGUCAUUGCUCGCCAUGUCGCUCCUCUGGAUAACCCAACUUCAUCGCUGGCAGAAAAUGCGACGCAAGCCUCCAGCUCUUGCUGGGCCAGGAAUGCUUAUUUUGCUGAGACGAAGCAAAAGCCGAUCUUGUCUCAACUCAGCAUGUCGCUCGCCCGUAGCUACACCAGCGACUCACAUAGUGAUGAUGUCUGGCUGUCCAAGGAGAGAACGAGGAGUAAGGAUGGCCUAUGGACAGGGCCGGUUGUAGUAGGAGGAAUGGUGCUUGAUAUCCAGUCCAUGCCAGAUCAGCAGCAUCAGAUCCGAAGAGGAACAACAGCACCAGGAAAGGUAUGCUUUGCGCAUGGCGGAGUUGCACGGAAUAUCGGUGAAUGCAUUUCCUUGCUCGGUGUUACUCCCUUCCUGAUAAGCGUUGUUGGCGAUGAUCCAGCAGGGGACACUCUGGUAUCGUACUGGGAGUCCUGUGGUCUAAGCACAAGAGGGAUCUUGCGGGUCAAAGGGAAGUCAACGCCUGUUGUGUCAGCUUUGCUUGACAAGGGAGGAGAGAUAACUGCAGCCGUUGCUGACAUCAGCACAGUGGAGAAAAGCCUGAGGCCAGAAUGGAUCCUUCAGUUUGAGGACGUAAUCAAGUCUGCUGCGAUCGUCAUUUUGGAUGGAAAUUUGCUUCCGGAGACCCUUGAAGCUGCUUGCGAUGUUGCACGUCAGUAUGGGGUGCCUAUCUGGUUCGAACCAGUGUCAGUAGCCAAGGCAGUGCGUGUGGCAUCAUUCCUCCACAAGGUAGAUUUUGUCUCUCCAAAUGAGGCUGAACUAAUUGCCAUGUCAGAGGUGUUGACCGACCUUCCAGUGUACCCUGGGAAAGUUAGCGGGCUGAGCUGUAGGCCGGGAGGCAAAGGGAAGAACCCUCUGUUGGAAGGUGGUGCAGCCCCAAAAGAAAGUAAACCCCAUUUAUUGUCUCGCCAACAACCGGGAGAUGAAUAUCAAUCGUUGGGAAAACAGCAAAGCGAGGCAGAGCAGGUAAUUGCUGAUCUGGAUGUGCACAUCCAGCGACUACUUCUUGCCGGAGUGCAAUAUGUGGUGCUGAAGAUAGGGCCGUUAGGAGCUCUGCUGAGCUAUCGGGCUAUUGUCUCUGGAAGAAAUCAUAUCGGCAAAAGCAAUGUGAAAAAUGCUUGGCAGGGUGUUCAUGCGACUGCAACAGUGGAGAAUGUUGUCAUGGAGAAAGUGCAUUAUCCAGCUAUUCCUGCAAAAGUUGAUACGUGCAGCGGAGGUGGCGACUGCCUUGUUGCAGGGACUGUGGCAGGGUUAGUCAGGAGUUUGGAUAUUAGAGCUGCACUGGCCUAUGGCGUUGCUGCGGCCAAGUGGGCAAUCGAAUCGCCUAAGAAUGUUCCGGACAAGAUUCCACUUCAACAGUGGGAAGGUCAGUAUCAAUAACAACCAUAGUCUCGGUCUUUCACGAACUCCCUUACCAUUUUCUCAUCUCCAAAUUCACAGGGUCUUCGGUACUUUGAGCUUUUCCUCUUCCAAAGGUUCGAGUUUCAGAAUGC